UUAUUGUUUUCGGAACUACUCAAGUGUUAUAUUAUUAAGAUCAGUCGUGUCUGCAAACAGUAUUUUAUUCGUUUAUUUUAGAGGAUGGACAUGAGACAGCAGAUUGGUUGUUGUUAAUGCACCCCUGUCUGCCAGUCUGCAGAUCUGUCUGCUUAGGGAUCAGGGCUCGGAAGGGAUUAAUCACCGCCACCUUGCCAACAAGCUGUUGUGCCCGUAGACCAAUUACAUAACCGCUUUAUACAAUAAAUACAUCUACAGUAAACCGCAAGCAAUAACAUAGGCGAGGGGGUUUGUCAACACGCCAAAAGAAGAGGCUCAUCUCGGAGUGCGUGAUCGUCGGGGGAGUGCAUCCUCAUCGCCCCCGAUGGCACUGUAGACUAGCAUACUGGUUGCCUUCUCAUCUUCUUCCUCCUCCUCCUCCUUUUCAUUUUGUUUCUGCAGCGCUGUGGGAGAUAAAAGUCAAAGUCCAGGGUCGACACUGGCUGCAGAAGACGCGCCCACUCUUGACGACGUUGCGUAGGCUACUUCACGGGAAAGAAAGUAUCGGCCUACCUGCUACGAUCUAGUCUUGGCUGCGCAUCCAGAGAGGGGGUUUGUGGGAAGGAUACCGCUGUUCUGUUCCUAAAAACUCACUUUUAACAAAUACUCGUCCGGAGAUGGUUCUUCAAAAGAUUUUUCGUGCUGUCAUUAUGGGACCUCCGGGAUCGGGGAAAGGAACCGUGUCUGCGCGCAUAACCAAAAGUUUUGGACUGAAACACAUUUCAAGUGGGGACAUUUUGAGAGCCAACAUCAACGCCAAAACCGAGCUCGGCCUGUUGAUGAAGUCCUGUAUUGAUCAGGGUCAGCUGGUACCCGAUGACGUCAUGUCUCGUCUCAUCCUAAGGGACCUGAGAGCCCUCAACCAGAGCAGCUGGCUGCUCGAUGGUUUCCCUCGUACAGUAUCACAGGCAGAAGCUCUGGAUGAUGUCUACAGUGUAGACACAGUUGUCAACCUCAAUGUACCUUUCCAGACCAUCAAACAGAGGCUCACCUCACGCUGGACUCACCUUCCCAGCGGCAGAGUCUACAACAUAGAUUUCAACCCGCCCAAAGUCGCUGGUUUUGAUGAUGUGACAGGGGAGCCUCUGGUCCAGAGGAAUGAUGACACACCAGAGACGGUCACACGGAGACUGAAGGCCUACCAAACCCAGACAGAGCCUGUCUUAGAGUUCUACAGGAGUAAAGGUGUGCUGCAGACCUUCUCCGGGACAGAAACCAACAAGAUCUGGCCACACGUGGAGGCUUUCAUCCACAGAAAACUCUUUUCCCUCAACCAGAAGGUUGCAUAGAAAGCCUGAACAGAAAGGAACAAGAAGGGUUAAUUAUGACCAGCAGAAACCUCUCUGUAUGCAGGUGCCACUUUCUGCUAAACAAGAGGAGAGCCAUCUGUUUAAUAAUACGUUCUGAAUGUUUAUGGAGCAUGCUCAGAGUUUGUCAGGAAGCAAAAAAAACAGACUUUUAAAGUACCCAUUGCCCUGUUAUUGCACUGCUUCCACAAAGAGUGUCUUAUCAUUCCAUACUGCGCCUUUAUACAGCUGGGAGAGAAGAUCUUUAACAGCAGAAUAUAAAGGUGCAGAUAUAUAUGAACAUAGAAAUAAUCGUUAUGGCUUGUCCCCUCUGGUGAAUGCAGCCACCUUUAAGUAGUAUGUUUAAGUUUUAGGUUUUCUAAUUACAAUCUCAAGUUAUUUUCUUAGUUGAUGGCAUUGAAAUGAAUGGGAACACACCACAAGGUAUCUUGAGCUAAAUAAGAGACUUUACAGCUUUUUUGAUAAGAAAUCCUUUGAAUUUAAUAUUGCAAGGGCUUUUUGCCCCAGCAUAACAAAUGCUGCCGAGGUGACUGUUUCUUAUGCAGUGGGUUAUGCCCCUGAAGGGAAUUGCCACGUCCUACAAAUGACUGUAAAUUCACAAAUACAUUGAAGUGCCUUUUGCUACUUUUGAAAAUGGAACAGGUGGCUCAGUGGAUGUAGUCUGUAAAUACUUUUUAUGAAUAUGGACCAGAUAUAUUAAUGUAUAAAGUGACCACUUAUUAUAUUGAAUAUGUAUUGAUUUUUAAAUUAAACAAUGUCUAACAGCUUCUUUCAACCACCUCAAGCCUUAAUAGCAUUGCCUCUGAAAUACGCCUCAUUGUUUUUAACCAGGCGUGUUUGACCAAGUCUAUAAAUGUAUACUGGUAUUUGCCAUUUAAUGUGACUCGACAACUCAAAUCUUUAUUGAAAAAAAGUAUUUGCUUUUGAAGCACAGUUCAUCUUGUGAGAAGAUAUCCCAACAUUCAAGGUUGCUCUGCAGUUGUGUUUUUGCACUCAGGUCUUAAGAAUGUUACACCAUGUUAAAAGCCACAGAAAAACAAACUUGCCUUGCAACGUACUGUAGAUUUAUGCAGUGAAAAGUUUCCUGAAUUGUACUGCGUGCAUUUUUAAACACUUGAAUACAAUGUGUAAAAAAAAGCACAUCACCUCUUCAUAAACAACUUAACUGUGUCACAAGUUUUUAUUAUGAAUCACAAUAAACAUCUGAUACUA